AUGAAGUACUCCACUGUUUUAAUCUUGGCUUCCUCCGCCUCCGCCGCUGCCGUUGAAAAAAGAGAUGGCCUUAGUGUUCUCGCUUCUUUGGCUACUGUCGCUGCCUCUGGCGUCACCAGUGUUUUCGGUGAUGUUACCAGCGGUGUCGUCUCUGCUGCUACCAAUGUUGCCAGUGAUGUCACCUCUGCUUUUCCUGGGGUAACCUCUACUUUGGGUUCUGUUUUCUCUGAAGCCACUAGCGGUGCUGCCUCUGUCGCCACCAAUGCUGCCUCUCACAUUACCAGUGAAGCCGGAACUCUUGCUAGUGAAAUCACCAGUGGAGCUGUUAGUGCUUACUCCCAUGCUACUUCUGAUGCCGCCUCUUUAAAAAGUUCCAUCAACAGUAAGAUUACCAGCACUUCUGCUUCCUCAACAGCCUCUGCUUCCUCUAGCCACAGCUCUUCUGCUUCUGGAUCUGGCUCUUCUUCUACCCAUAGGUCUUCUGCUUCUGCUUCCUCUUCUACUCUCAGCAGCUCUUCUACCUCUGGUUCUAGCAGCGCUAGCUCUGACAGCUCUAGCUCUGCUUCAUCCACUGGAUCGGGUGCUGCCGCCGGCUUGGCUACUACUGGCUUUUCCGCCAUCUUGGCCGGUUCCAUCCUUGCUUUGUUAUAA